UAGUGCUUUUUAAAGUUUAAAACUUUACUGCUAAACUCAGAAAAAAAUAUAAGGUAUGAUUCUUUCGAUUGUAUCUAUUCUUUUUGCUGGAUAUCUGGCCUCCUGUAGCAGGGGAUCUGUUUCUGCAGAAACAACUGCUGUACUUCUAGGAGGUAGCUAUGGUGGUAAAACUGAAUCAUAUCCCUGUGAUGUGGCAAUAGAAAAUAUUGGUGUUCUAUAUAGACUAGGAGCUGCAGUUCUGAAUGGACAGAUUGUUUACUGCGGGGGGGGAGAAGAUGCUGGUGUUGGUGAAGUCCACAGAAACUGCUUCAAGAAUGAGGGAAUGGACUGGAUAGAGUUUGAAAGUAUGAAUGUGGCUAGAUCAGACUUUACCCUGACUACAUUAGGAGACAAGAUACUUGCUGCAGGAGGAGAUACUCCACAGGGGAAAACUGCUACUGUGGAGGUGUUUGAUGGAUCCUCCUGGAAGCUUCAAAACUAUGAAUUAACAUCUGCAAGAUCUGGUCACUGUGCUGUUCCUAUCGGUGAGAGUCAAGUGAUGCUGAUUGGAGGAUAUGAUGGUACCAUGUUAUCUCUUGUUGAAGUCUACAGUAUUGAAGAGGGAUUCAUUGCAGAGCUUCCAUCAAUGCCAACUAAAAGGUAUGGACUGGCAUGCAGCAUGUUUAAUGGAGAAAUAUGGACAGCUGGAGGAAGAAGGGGUGGAUCUUAUCUAGAUGUUGUAGAAAUCCUCACACCGUUUACAAACACCUGGAGGACUGGUCCUAAGCUGACCAGGGAGAGAUGGUAUCUAACAAUGGAGGUGUUGGACAACAGCCUGGUAGUAUUUGGAGGGUACGGAUAUGAAGGAGGUGCAGACAGCCUGGAGAUCCUUGAGGGAGAAGAUUGGAGGGAGGAACCUCUGCAAUAUGGACAUUGUUGGCAUGCCUCUGUAUCAAUUCCUUGUAAUUGAUACAGAGAUGUAUGUUCAUUCUAUUGUAACCUAAUUAAUAAUUUGAUUUAAAAUAUUGUCUUUUCUAAAAAUAAAUUGGAUUUAAUGCAGCAA